GUCAGCUACCUCCAAACCAAACACAGAAGAAAAAAAGAAAAAAAAAAAAAGUAAAAAAGACAAGAAAAACAAAACUAGCCGUUGGUGGCAGUGCCACUCCUCAAUUCAAGAACCAGACCGAGUCCCUCUCAUCUCUCUGUACACAAAUAAUAUUCAAUCAAAAAGCGUCUCUUUUCCUGAAACCCUUUUGGAUCUCAAUUGGUCUGCGAUGGCAGAUUCCAACUCAAAUUGAAUCAAGAGAAAUAAGGGGUUUUUAGGGCAUUCUGGGAACAGAGGUUGAAGGGUGUGAAGCACGAGGAAAUCGGUCAAGAAUUGGGGAAAAUUAAGUGGGCUGUUUUUGGAUUUUAUCAUCAUUGCGGGAACGAAGUCAUGGGGGAAUCUUCUGCGUGCCUUGUGCGUUCAUUUUCGCAGCCUUCUCCUACUUCUAGUGGAGAAAAAAAGGGAAAUCCUCUGCAACGGGUCCUAACAACAUCAGUAUCCUUUGGGAGGUUCAUGUCUGAAUCAUUGGACUGGGAAAAAUGGUCAGCUUUUACCCACAAUCGGUACUUGGAAGAAGCUGAGAAGUAUUCCAAGCCUGGUUCUGUUGCUGAGAAGAAAGCUUACUUUGAAGCACAUUUCAAGAGAAGGAGAGCUGCAAAAUUGCUUGAGCAGCAAAAUGCAGCAGCUAGUGUUUUACCCACAACAAGUACGGUCGAAGAUAAUUCUUCCUUUGAUUCAGAUUUGGCUCCAAGAGACAGCUCCUCAGUCAAUGAAAAUAUAAAGGAAGGAGAGGUUCAAACCAGGGAACCAGAUUUUCCUGUUCCUCAAAAUGGUUCUUAUGCUGCUUCAACUGAAAGUACACUGGAAGAUGCCCAGCCUGAAGUCAAUGAAAAUAUAAAGGAAGGGGAGGUCCAAACCAGCGAACCAGAUCUUUCUGUUGCUCAAAGUGGUUUGUGUACUGCUUCAAUUGAAAAAACAUUGGAAGUUGCCCAGCUUGGAGGAGUUGAAAAAGUUCUAAAACCACCAGUUCUCAUGGAAAAUCCAUUAGCAUCUGAAAAUCAUGUUGAAAAUGAUGGAUGCAUUGGUUAUAGUGUGUCGAAGAAAGAGGAUAAGACUUUAGACAAGGAUGAUUCUAUUAUGAGAAACUCAACAUUGUCAACUGAGACGAAUUCUGAAGUCUCUUCCUCUGAGUUGUUGACAAAUGAUGGUGAUUCCGACAGUCCACCUUCUGAUAGAUGGAUAAUGCCUGUUCAACUCCCAAAUAGUGAGAAGACUCCGGACAGCAAGAAUAAUGCUAGGGACUCGAGCAACAAAAGGAGAUCCUAUACAACAUCCCUUCACAUUUCUAUCAAUUUUGCUUCUUGUUCAAGUGAAAACCAAAAAGCUGCGUCUCCACGUGUGCCAAAGAUAGCCAACUUAGGACACGUCGUCAGGGCUCCAGCCAAGAAAUAUAAAAACAGCAAGCUUCUUCAAACUUCAAAUAGGGCAUCUGUUAGUGGUUUAUUCAAGCAUCAUUCAGCAACCCCUCUGCCGGAAAACAGGAGUGUAAAACCAGAUGGUGAUCCAGUUUCAGGAACCAAAUCAGUGCAUGGGAAACUACAGUCUCCAUCUAUAGACUCCAAGUUUUCAAAUAUAUUUGGAAGUAAAGUACGAUCACAGACUGUGCCUUCUUCGUUCACCUUCAAGAGUGAAGAAAGAGCAGCAAAACGUAAAGAGUUUUUUCAGAAGCUUGAGCAGAAGUCGAAAUCAAAGGAGACGGAGAAACAACAACUACAUGGAAGAUCACAGGUCAAAACAAGAAGUAACUUUAAGGAUCUUCGCAGUUCCAUUGCGCUGAAAGUAAUAAAAGAUGCGUGUGUUCCUUCAACAACUGAAUUACCAAGUAAUUUAACAAAAAAGAUCCCAACAGUGAGACCUUAUGUUCCUAAAGUUGAAGAACGGGCUGCUUUCAAAGCACAAGAUAAUGAUUCAAGACCUCCUUGGAGGCUUGCAAUGAAGACAGAGAGGUUCAAGGAUGCUACUGGAAAGAAUAGCCGUCUGCCAAUCAGUUCUGCAAAAUGUUUCUCAAGGAAAGGCAUGAAUGAAAAUGCUUCACCAAAUAUCCAGCUUUGAUUGCAUUACUGAUUGACAAUCAGCACCAGUUGUGGGGAAAGACCUUAUUUACAGCUGUGAUAUGAUUUAGAACCACCAUCUAUAUGCAAUGUCAAAGAUUAGUUAUAGCUGCACAUCGCACAUUAGGAUUUGUAUAGUCGCCCUGUAGAUUUUUGUUUGCUGCUUUCAGUAUUAACUGAAACUAAAAGUUGUGGGGUUCUCUCUUCUAAGACCCUUUUUGUAGUUUCUGGAGCUAGGAGUGAAGAGGUCAAAUUUUUGUUUGUAAUGGCUAGUUGCUACUGUCAGUUGGAUAUAUAUUAUAGAAGUUUCUUAUGCGCUUAA